AUGGGCUGGUAUCAACUGUUUCCUACAGGUCUGAAUCGGUACCCAUCACAGAGUCAUAUGAAGGAUUUCCAGCCAGUGGCCCUCAGUGGCCCGGGCUACGGCCCCUUCGCUAUGACGCCGACAGGGGAGCACCGCAUGUACGAGUUGGAGUCCGAGUUGUUCAGAUGGACAGUUAAAGCCUUGCUCCUGUCCGGAGCCUCAACGUUCCGAAAGCCUUCUUUCCGACUUGGACAGGCUAUGGCUCAGACUAUGACUACUCGCGUAACAUCGUAUACCCUCAACACUGGUAUGAAAGCCCCGGCUCUCGGCUUUGGCACAUUCCAAAAACCCAAUGCUCAGGAAGCGACUGUCAUUUACAAUGUUGAAGUACAAGUCGGGAAGGGAAUCCAGAGGGGCGGGAUCUCUCAGAAAGAUAUCUUUUUCUACACAAAGCUGUGGUGCAAUGAUUACCACCCUGACGAUGUGGAAAGCGUGUUAGAUAACUCGCUGCGCGACCUGGAUACCAUAUAUAUUAACCUUUUGAUGAUACACUACCCGUGCACCUUCAAACAAGCCAUGGAAAAGCUGACCGGGACUGGCAAGGUCAGCGGUAUUGGGGUGUCGAAUUUCAGUAAAGGCGAAAUGGAGACUCUGCUUAAGGAAUCGUCAACGGUCACUGUUGAUCAAAUAGAGGUUGACCCGUAUUUGCAGCACAAGAGCUUUGCCGAGUGGCUGCAGGCAAAGGUGAUCCAUGGGGUGCAGUUCAGCCCGUUGGGCAACAUGAACGACUUCUACCGACAGACGGGGUGGUCCAAGGAUAUUGUGCAGAUGAGGCGAGUAAUGGGCCAACUGAUUCUAAAGGACAUUGGCCACAAGUAUGGCAAGAGCCCGGUACAGGUCGUCCUCGUAUGGGGUAUCAAUCGCCGCCGUUCUGUUAUCCCGAAAAGUGUUGUCGAUUGGCAAAUUGAGAAAAGCCUGGCAGCCGACUUGGAGCUGCAGGCUGAGGACAUGGCUCAGGUUGCUACACUGGACGCAAAAGCUUGCUUCAAUGAUCCCAGCCUGGACUACAAGUGGCAAUUGUAUCGUGACCUGGAAGGCGGUUGA